AUUAAAAUACUUCACACACAUUGCCAUUUCAAUAUUUAAUCAUCAAAAACUUUGUCCCUCAAUUCUUGCAACAAACAGUGAAACAAACUUUAAGACUUUUUCAUCUUUCACACCUUCAAUCAUUUCAUGGAUCCCAAAAACUCAAAACACCAACACACAAACAACACCAUGGGAGAUGAUAACAACAACAACAGCAACAACAACAACAAACAACAAAUUUCGGAAUCAAAGAAUCUGCAGAUUGUGUCAUCUGAAAUUGAAACCAAACAAGAUGAAACAAAGAAACAGCUUGCACCAAAGAGAACAUCAAACAAAGACAGACACACAAAGGUUGAAGGACGAGGAAGAAGAAUAAGGAUGCCGGCUUUAUGUGCGGCAAGAAUAUUUCAGCUGACCAAAGAGUUGGGCCAUAAAUCAGAUGGUGAAACAAUUCAAUGGCUUCUUCAACAAUCUGAAGCGUCGAUUAUAGCUGCAACAGGAACAGGAACAAUACCGGCUUCAGCUAUGACUUCAUCGGGUAACAGUUUGACACCACAGGGUUCUUCUUUGUCUUCUGGUUUACAGUUGCAAACCAGCUGGCCUACCCAUCAGGUUAGUUCAUCAAGUUUAUGGCCCCAUGGAUUUGGUUUUCAUCAAACGUCUUCUGGUUUGACUACUGCAGCGGCUAGUGAGAAUAGUUCGAGUUAUUUUCAGAAAAUUGGGUUUUCUGGAUUUGAUAUGCCAGGGAGUAAUUUGGGUGGGAUGAGUUUUACAUCAAUUUUGGGUGGGAAUCAGCAGAUGCCACCUGGGUUGGAAUUAGGUUUGUCGCAAGAUGGACAUAUUGGGGUGUUGAAUCAACAGGCUUUGAGUCAGAUUUAUCAGCAGUUUGGUCAAAAUCAUCAAACUAGGGUUCAUCAGCAAAGUCAGAAUCAGAAUCCUAAUAAGGAUGAUUCUCAAAGUUCUGAACAGUAGAGAGAUUUUUCAUGGAUUUGUGCAGAGUUUGAGGUUUAUAUAAAAAAAAAUGUUUUUUUUUCUUAAUAUUGUUGUUGUAUAUUUGGUAGAGUUUGAGGAAAUAGAAAAACUCAAUAGAAAAUGGAUUUGGUUUGGUUUGGUUUGCUCCAUUGUACUCAAGUCUUCUGAUAUAAGGUGGAGUGGGAUGGCUAGAGAUAGGAUUGUGGAUUUGGUUUGGCAAGAGGUGUGUUGUUGAUUAUUUUUUGUUGUUGUUCUGUAUAGAUUAGAAUGGAGUGAUGAUGAGUUUGUUUGUGAAAAAUGAUGAUAUAGUUUCAUAAUCAUAUAUUUGUCAAAGUUCUUAUUGGA